AUGUCCUCUUCUGGAACCUCAUCCUCCAAAGCUUCUCCUGGGGGCACAAGGAUUGGGCGGCCACCUCAGUGGACCGUGUCGAGGUCACGGAAGUUGGCCAGACUGUAUGUCUACACAACCUUGUCUAUCGGAAGGAUCAUUAAGGUUCUUGAGGAUGAUCUCUUCGCUCCCCGAAAAAACUCGGCUCAAAAGACAGUGCAUAAAAUGCUCGACAACGACCCCCGUUAUCUGCGCCCGGAGUCACGAGUUGAGAUGGAUCAACGCAUCGACUGUCUGUCAAAGUCUACCAUUCGCAAGCGAACACCAGGCCAUAUCAUUGGCCGACCACAGCCUAGGGAGGUCCAACGAAGGAUAUCCGACUGUUCGACGCUAUACGCCGAAAAGGUGUGCUCAUUACUCGACAACUUCACGAUAGCGAGUGGGUCAGACCUCGAAGAGAUACAACGACACCCUUGGUGGGCCGAGUCUUGCGAGCUUCCAGAGACGGACAUUGGCACCUUCGAGGAGUCCCCCACACUGGGCUUUGCGGUACCAGGGGAUUUCCUGACUGCCCAUACCCUGAACUGUGCUGAAGUUCCAGCACCCGGGCAUGGUAGCGGAACUUGUUGGUGCGCAAUCGUGGCGGAAACGACAAGAGAAGAAGGCUCAUGGCUGAUACCAACCGGAGAGAUACGGGAUGAAGUUAGCGACCUGGUCAGGAAUCCAUCACCGGAGCAGCUAUUUCGGCUCGUACCAUACGCCGGCGGUGCCUUAGGCCUUACCAACACUGCAAACCAGACGUUUCUUCAUGUCUUGAGCCUCGAAUGGUUCACCAAUGUCCCAAGCGUCCUGUCUUCUCUGCGAAGACUUCUUGACCUCGUUCGUCACUCUAACCAGGACAUCUUCCAUAUCACCGAUGUCUAUGGUCGCACCUUCUUCCACCGGGCAGCAUCCCUGGUGGCAAACCGGGAGGUUUUGACCGAUGUCCUAGCAUACUGCAAUCCCGCAAUUCCACUAUCUCGAGAUGCAUUCGGCUUCGAUCCAGUCGCCAAUGUCCAGCCGGGCGCGGCCAUUCUACAACCUGGAACUCCCAUAUACGGUAGCCCCGUCUCCUAUUCUCCACACGAACUCCCUAACCGAUCAAGCACACCCUCCAGUAUCCCCUCCCCCAGCGUCAGCGUCGCUGGAGUACCCUCUCCAGCAGACGAGGGCCCCUUCCUAGCCUACCACGCCCGCCUCAUCAAAAUCAUCCACUCAGCCUAUUCCAACCCCAUCGCCGAGGACUCCGAAGGCCGUAACGGCUUGCACUGUCUGGCAGAAGCCAUCAUCAACCAACAAAGCAUGGACGAGCAACGUUCUGCCUUAUCAUCCACGUCCAGUAGCCGUCCCCAAAAGCGCAGCAGACACUCGUCACUCUCAUCGGAAUUCACCCCUAUCCACGUCAUUCAAUCCCCUGGUCCCACUUCCCACCCCUCUCCUAUUACAAGUACUUUCGGGGUAGUGACAGAAAAGGAAAAUCCCCUUCCAUCUCGCCUCCGCCACUUACACUCCCUCCUCCACCCUUCCUCUGGGCACAGCGCCGUAGGCAUAAACCCAAACGCAUAUGACAAAUCAGGCACCACUCCCCUUAUGGCCUUCAUUCAGCAUAUUCCUGAUCACGAAGACGAUAAGUCUCGCACUCUCCAAAGCAUCCUCGAAACCCUAAUAAGAGGCGGAGCAAACAUUGAAGCGAGGAACAGAAGAGGAGAAACGCCCUUGUUAAUGGCGGCGAGGUUGGGAAGGAAAACUGCUAUAAGUGUGUUAAUGGAGCAGGGGGCUAACGUGCGGGUGAGAGACAAGUGGGGGAGGGGGAUUCUGGAGGUUCUGGACUGGGGGGUCUUGGGAUGUAAUGGUUCCGUUAAUAAAGCCCAGGGAGAGAAGUUAACUGGAAGAGAAGAGGGGAUAAAGGAGAGAGAGGAGUUGGCGCUUUAUGCUAGGUUGGAGGCUUGUAGUGGUUUGUUAACGGGACGGAGGGAUUGGGGAGUUGGGUACAUGAGGGAGAAGGAAGAGGAAGGGAUGGGCGUGGUGGGAGAGUGGAGGAUAAAAGGACAGGCUGCUGUGGAGGAAAUGGAGAUGUGA